AUGUCGUACGGAUGGCUUUCAGAGACAACGCUUACGUUAAAGAAGCCUAAGGUCAUUAAGAUUUCUGAUAAGUCAAACGAACCGCUACGUAACAUCAUUAAAGAACACCUAACAACUUCAAAGGAUAAAUCUAACAAUAUAAAUGGUCCGAAAUAUCCAGAGCCCAACGAUAUAAUCACAAAAUCUAAGUCGAACAAAAAAAUCACUCCAAAAAUAGACUUAAACAAGGGAGUUGAGGAAAGGGAUAAGAAGGACAGGGAAUUAAAACGUGAAAGAGGCUACAAACGCGUAUUGGCCAAAAAGGUUGAGAUAUACGAGAAACUAAAAUCUGGUGAUUGCAUUGAUGACAAGGAUGCUCUAAAAAUUGCAAACAAUAGUCUGGUAGAUUUUAAGAAAAAACGUGUUAUGAGCCUGGACCCAGAACCACUGCUCAGUGGUGGGGCACCACCAUGUACGUAUGCCACGCCUAAUGUAAUAACCGCCCCAAAGUCGAACCUAAACGAACUCCGUUCCAAACUAGCUAAAAUUAAACAAUCAAAACAAUUUUCAUGA